CGCGCGGCUGCACAGCCACUCGCGCGAAGACAAUAUUCUAUUACUUUGUCGUGCCUCCUACGUACUAGAAUCCCUAUCACAGCCCGACGCAGUCGACUAUCGAACGACUCCCCAAGCUAAUAUUAUUCCAGCGCCCAAACGUGUCGUUAGGUGGGUCUCGCAAAACUAUCCGCGUCCAACCAUAGAUUCGGAAUGGCUGUCGGAUUGUUGUGAUUGGAUAUCGAGUACAUACAACACAUCAUUGUCCACCCACUUCCACGACUUCAUCUCGCACGUCGAGACACAGCUCCUCCAAUCCAAUCUCGAGGAUUCAACAGUUCCUGGUACCGGUUUGGAUGCGGAGCUGGUCCGAAUUGAAAACCGUCCACUUCCAUAUCGACCACGGGGACGGGACCGUAAGCCCAGCUCAUGGGCGACUCGAAAGCCAACGGGGCAGCGUCCACAAAGAGAAACUACCAGUUCUGUCCCAUUGUUGGUAAAAAUUAGGUCUAUCACCGAAAUCGCGCAUGCUGCGUUUAGUCUCCUAAACAUUCACUAGACGCGCCUCGAUCGUGCCGAUCGUGGUUUGGCCGUCGAAACUCGGGAUCAUCAGGAACAUGGACAAGGACAGCAAGAUGAAGACCAAGGUCCCAUCCCACGUUUCCCCUGUGGCAUGCCUCACCUCGAGUUGUCGGAUGGACAUACCCUCUUCCGGGCGAUAGAAUUUAGGUAUGCCUGAAUUGGUGCUUGGAGAGACCCCAUUAGGUUUCAAGUGACAUGUGCCCCCAGAUGCUCUUAACCUCCACUCCGAUCCGGAAUGGGAUCGCUUUCCUUGAACCUUCUAAUGUAACACUUA